UUUCGUUAGUCUUAUGUCCUCAAUCAAACUAUUUUAUGGGCAACGCACUUCCACAUGGACCCUCUCAGCGCAGCAGCCAGCGUCCUCGCCGUCGUCGAGACCUCCAGCAAGGUCAUCAGCCUAUGCCGCUCCUACUGGAAAGAAGUGAAAGAUGCCGAGAAUGACAUCCAGCGGCUUCUCAACGAGAUAGAAACGAUCCACGAUUUGGGACAGCGGAUAGACAGUAUCCAGCGAUCGAAGGAUGCAGGCAAAUUUGCAGCAGUCAUCAAGUUCCUCUCUAGGAACAAAACGACGGAGAAGUGUAGGAAAGAGUUGGAGGGCCUUGAGAUUGUGCUUCGGAAGGGCUGUGAAAAGCCAAGCUCCCGCUGGGUAUUGUCGAAGUUCAGGAAGAAUUGGAGAUGGCCGUUGGAUAAGAAGGAUAUGGAAAAGGUCGUUGGGAGGAUGGAGAAGUAUGGGAAUGUGUUGCAGCAGGCGCUUACUAUUGAUGUGGCGUGA